AUGAAGCGUGCGAAGCGAGAUGGCAAGAAGGAGGAGAAGGAGAAGAAGGCCUCCAGCCCCACGGUGGUCCUCGUGGGGCAUCUCCUGGGCUGUGCCUGCGUGAGCCUCUGCGGGCUGGCGGUCGGCAGCAGUCCCAGCUUCUACUCGGAGGCGGAGGGCAAGGCGAGUAUCUUCGUCCGACUGCCCUUCUUCUUCGUUUCGCAGGCGUUGUUCAACGAAGUUUGCCUUGGCCUGGGCCUGCAGCUCGCCCGUUGGAUCCGUGGCGAUCCAGGAAAUUUACCUUGGCAUGCCACCAAAGAGGAGGCGAUCCAGCACGAUGCGAAGAUCCCGUGGCCCGCCUGCAAGAUCCCGGAGGUGUUCAACAGCUACCGAGCCAAACCAGGACAACCCUUCUUCCUCAACCACGUGACCGGGCGCCAGCGGUGCAAGGAUGCCUGCAUGCGGCUGGGCAUGGGUGUCGGCGCUCUUCUGGGCGUUUGGUUCAUGUGCAAAUGCAUGGACAGAAGAGAUCUGUCCUCUUUGGGCUUCACGUUGGACCGCCCAUUCUUUGGUGAUGCUGCUGCUGGUCUUGUGGUUGGCGUCACCAUCGUUUCGUUUAUGUUUAUAGUCGAGCUCCUCGCAGGAUGGGUGAUCUUUCUGCAGUGGUUCGAAGUCUUUGACAAAUCAGAGAAUUUUGCAGUCUGCAUCUUCUGGGACGUGCUGUUCCAUUUGAAUGUGGCCGUUAAUGAGGAGCUUCCCGUUCGUGGAUGGCUGCUGUACAACCUCGCCGAAGCGAGCAUGGCGCACUGGCAACUGCCCGCCACGGCAGCAUUUCUGUUCGCGAUGGUGCUGGAGUCCGUUUUCUUUGUGCUGAUGCACCUGCCCUCACCAGGUGGCACUCGUCCUCUGAGUAUGAUCAACAUUUUCGUCGGAGGCAUGGCCGGAGGUCUCAAUGUGCUACUCACAGGCGGCCGCCUAGGCUUCGCCCUCGGCUGGCACUUCGGCUGGAACAUCUCCAUGGGCAACGUUUUUGGACGGAGCACGAGUGGCAUUCCCAUUUCCGCCACGUUCAUCUCUGUCUUGCCGCACCCAGAGAAGGAGACCUACCAUGGCGCAUGCCUCAACUUGAGGGAAGUGAGCACUGCGAAUCGCCGGGCUCCUCGAACUCAUCGUGCAGGUUUUGGUGGUUUUCUAGGGUUGUCGUCGUGGGUUCUGUGCUGA